AAAAAGACGAAGAAUAAGCGGAAGACGAAGAAGAAGUGAGACGACGUUGUAUCAACUCAGGAACACAGAUCAAGCUAACAAGAUGAGAAACACACUUGGUUUAUAGUCCCGCCGCUUUUGGUUAUGUUUGUUUAAUUCGUGUCAUAUUUGCAGUGCGAACACAAGGACCUUACACACACACGGAUCUCACAAAAUGGACAGUGAGGUGUCUGACAUCGACCCUGUGCCUGGGCUUGAAAACAGCAGCAUGGAGGAGAACGCACCGCUGUACUGUAUCUGCAGGAAACCAGACAUCAACUGCUUCAUGAUUGGCUGCGAUAACUGCAAUGAGUGGUUCCACGGCCACUGCAUUGACGUCACCGAGAAGAUGGCCAAGGCGAUCCGGGAGUGGUACUGCAUGAGAUGCAGAAGUAAAAAUCCCUCACUGGAAAUAAAGUAUCGCUCAAAGAAAAGCCGGGACAAGGAAUCUGAACCUGACAGAGCUGAAAAGCAGUACAGUGCCCCGAGCACCCCAGAUUAUAAGAGUGAAAGGCGGCGUGGAUCAAAAGUAAAGCGCUCAGUCCGUAUGUGUGGGGAGUGUGAGCCGUGCAGAAGGACUGAGGACUGCGCUCAGUGCGACUUCUGUAAGGACAUGAAGAAGUUUGGGGGUCCCAACAAGAUAAGACAGAAGUGCCGAUUCAGGCAGUGUGAGGUUCGAGCGAGGAAAAUGCUGCGUGUGAAGGAUGAGGAGUUCUCUUUGCGAGAAAGGAGGGAUAAUUCCUACCACCGCCGGAGAUGCUACUCUGAUGACUACGACAGCGAGGCUGAGCUCUACCAGCAGUACAAGGCAGCAGGAUAUGAUGACAACAUGCCAUGGCUCAGUGAUGAGGAUGAUGAGCCGCCCUUCAGCCCUGUCAUGCGCAAGAAAGCUGUGAAGGUGAAACAUGUCAAGAGACGAGAGAAAAAGUUUGACAAAAAAAAGGAGUCACGGCGCCACAAACAGAAGCAGAAGCACAAGGACAAAGCCAGACACAGCGAGAGGAAUGAUGGUCGGGAUGUUGGAGGGCUGCGCCAGUGUCUGGGGCCAAGCUGUGUGGAGGCAGCAAGACCCAACUCCAAAUACUGCUCUGAGGACUGUGGUAUGAAGUUAGCUGCCAACCGGAUCUAUGAGAUCCUCCCGCAGCGUAUCCAGCAGUGGCAGCAGAGUCCCUGCAUCGCUGAGGAACACGGCAAGAAGCAGCUGGAGCGAAUCCGCCGGGAUCAGCAGAACGCCCGGCUGCGCCUCACCGAAAUGGAGCGACGCUUCCACGAGUUGGAGGGCAUCAUCGCCAAGGCCAAGCAGCAGGCUGUUCAGCAGGACGAGGAGGUGAAUGAAGGUGACAGCGAGGACACAGACCUGCAGAUUUUCUGUGUGUCUUGUAGUCAUCCCAUCAACCCAAAGGUGGCGCUCAGACAUAUGGAGCGAUGCUACGCAAAGUACGAGAGUCAGACCUCUUUUGGCUCCAUGUACCCGACAAGAAUUGAAGGAGCAACCAGACUGUUCUGCGAUGUAUACAAUCCCCAGAGCAAGACUUACUGCAAAAGGCUUCAGGUUUUGUGUCCAGAACAUUCCAGAGACCCAAAGGUCCCAGUGGAUGAGGUGUGCGGGUGUCCUCUUGUACGGAAUGUGUUUGAGCUGACUGGAGAAUACUGCCGGGUCUCCAAACGGAAAUGCAACAAACAUUACAACUGGGAGAAGCUCAGGAGAGCCGAGGUGGACCUAGAGCGAGUCAGGGUGUGGUACAAGCUGGACGAGCUGUUCGAGCAAGAGCGUAACGUCAGGACGGCCAUGACCAACAGGGCCGGGCUGCUUGCUCUCAUGUUGCACCAAACUAUUCAGCAUGACCCCUUGACCACCGAUCUCCGUAGCAACAAGGAUAGAUAGUCUGCAUCUGUUCUGUAAAAUGUUCAUAUUUGUAAAUAAGAGAGAAUACGAGAUUUGAGUGGUUUAAGAUUUAAGAUUGUUGCCGACAGCCACCAUUUUUUUCCUAACUGGAUAUAUAUUAUUUUAAAAACUUUGUACCAUAAUGAACUGUCUGAAUGGUAAAUGGAUAUAUUUUUUCUUGAGUGUGGUAGAUGACUUGUUGCUGAAUCAACACUGCUGUUUUUCUUAUGAUUGCUAAAAAAUAAAUUCAAUAUGCAAAGUUG